AUGGUCUGUCUUCCUUUUCUCGGUGUCUUGAUGAGUCCAAGAACAUGCGGUUCAGUGUUCCUGGUGACCUUUUGUUGCCUUCUGCUUUAUCCAGCUGAUUCAAGAACAGAUCCUUCAGAAGUAAAUGCUUUACGGGAGAUCAAAAGGAAUCUGAUUGAUCCUAUGAGAAAUUUAAGCAACUGGGCAAAGGGUGACCCAUGCAGUAGAAACUGGACUGGCAUAACAUGCUUCAAGAGUUCACAUGAUGAUGGUCACUUUCACGUCCGUGAGCUACACUUGAUGAGGCUGAAUUUAUCUGGAGAGCUGGCUCCUGUAGUUAGCCAGUUAUCAUAUCUCGAAAUUCUUAAUGUGAUGUGGAACAACCUGACUGGGCGUAUUCCUUUGGAGAUAGGAAAAAUUUCUUCCUUGAAACUCUUACUGUUGAACGGGAACAGAUUCUCGGGUAGUUUACCCCCUGAGCUUGGUAAUCUUGGAAAUCUAAACAGGCUUCAAGUGGACGAGAACAGCCUAACAGGUUCAGUUCCAGUUGCAUUUGGAAACUUGAUAAGCAUAAAACAUCUCCACUUCAACAAUAACACGAUAAGCGGAGAAAUUCCCGUGGAGCUAUCCAAAUUGAACAACCUUGCUCACCUGAUUCUGGACAAUAAUAACUUGACUGGGACUUUGCCGGCAGAGUUAACUCGAUUGCCAUCCUUGACCAUACUUCAGGUGGAUAACAACAACUUCGAAGGUUCUGAGAUUCCAGAGGCCUAUGGAACGUUUUCUAGAUUAGUAAAAUUAAGUUUAAGGAAUUGUGGACUGCAAGGAUCAAUUCCUGAUUUAAGCAGGAUACAAAAUCUUAGCUAUCUAGAUCUAAGUUGGAACAAGCUCACAGGCACUAUACCAGAAUCUAAGCUUUCUGACAAUAUGACAACAAUUGAACUAUCUUAUAACAACCUCACUGGAUCUAUACCACAAAGUUUCUCGGAGUUGGGAUCUCUUCAAUUACUUUCACUUGAGAACAACAGUUUAUCUGGUUCUGUCCCAACAGCAAUUUGGGAGAACAAAUUUUUCAAGAACAACAAGCUGCAAGUUGAUCUCAGGAACAAUAACUUCUCUGAUGCUACAGGAAACCUGAGAACACCCGAUAAUGUUACUGUAUAUCUUCGUGGCAAUCCCAUAUGCAAGAGUACAAGCAUUCCCAUCGUUAAACAGUUCUUCGAAUAUACGUGCGGCCAAAAAAAGCAAACAUCUACAACCUCAAAAGCUACACCAUGCAGUAGUAAUGUGUCAUGUCCCUAUGAGAAGGUGCUAGUUUCCCCAGGAAUCUGCUUGUGUACAGCGCCUCUUUCGAUCGAUUACAGGCUAAAGAGCCGUAGCUUCUUUUUCUUCACUCCAUAUAUCCAACACCAAUUCAUGGAGUAUAUGACCUCGUCUCUCCAGUUGGAAACUAAUCAGCUAGCGAUUGAUAGAGUUGUUGAUGAGAACAGGCUGCGUCUAAGGAUGUACUUAAAGCUAAUUCCCAAAGGCAAACCAAAGUUUAACGUUACCGAAGUCGUACGUAUCAGGGGCACAUUUAUGUCGUGGAGUUUUAGUCGAAAUGACUUUUUUGGACCCUAUGAGGUUCUGGACUUCCCUCUUCAAGGACCGUAUGAUGAUUUGUUAACUCGAGAGAGUGGAAUUAGCACGGUUGUAUGGGGAAUGAUAGUGGCAGGCUCUAUUGUCGCUGCCACUGUUAUUUCAGUGAGUGCAACACUUUUAUAUAUUAACAAACGUCGUGGGAAUGUGCGUACACUCGUCAAAAAACGUUUUUGUAAGCACACUUCACCAAUGAUGCUGGUAUAUGAGUAUAUGCCUAAUGGCAAUGUCCGUGAUUGGCUUUCAGAACAACAAUACAUGCUACUGUAUGUAUAUGCACAGGGAUAUCUGGAUCCAGAGUACUUCAUGACUCAGCAACUGACGGUGAAGAGCGAUGUGUACAGCUUUGGAGUAGUGUUGCUUGAACUCUUGACUGGAAUGCACCCUUUCUUUGAGGGUACACAUAUCAUCCGCGAGGUUAGGACGGCAAAUGAAUGUGGGACGGUUCUGUCAGUGGCGGAUAGCAGGAUGGGACAAUGUUCGCCAGAGAAAGUGAAGAAGUUGGCUGAAUUGGCGUUAUGGUGUUGUGAGGAUAGACCAGAGACGAGACCAUUAAUGUCAAAGGUGGUGAAGGAACUCGAAAGUAUUUGCCAAUCUGUGCCAAAAACCGAUAUGUUCUCAGAAACCACGCAAUUGCUCUGUACCAAAACAUUGUCGUCGUCAUCGUCUCCUGGACCCUCAUCGUCUUUGUCUUUAUUUCCUGGAAGUGACUUGGACAGUGGCUUUUUCAAAGCUGUUAAACCUCGUUGA